AUGGCAGGCUGGAGCUUCCCGUCUCCUCCGAGUCUUCCAGUGUUCCUCGCCAAGGAUAUCGAAGCUGUGUCGGACUGCAUCCUUGAGCACACGGCCGUCGUGAGCGGACCCUUCCCAGCCAGGAACGUUGCCCAACGCGUUCGCUUCACCCAUCUACUGGCCAAUGACCACGCAAUGGCAACUGCUUACUGUGGAAUGGAUGACGAUGCCAUGCGCUUUAUGGAGGAAGAAUGCGUCGCUUCGUGGUCAAGCGAUCACUACGACAGAUACGCAGAGAGCAAGGAUAGCGACAACUAUAGCGACGGCGGAGAGACCAAGGAGCACAGCAAGUUCAUCGAGGACGACGAGAACGACGAGACCAAGGGGAGCACGCCGCGAAACAACAAUGACGAGCACACGGCGGACAUGGACUACGCCGACAGCAAGUAG